GGUUUUCACUUGUUUAACUUGGCUCCUCAGCAGCAGCAGCACAGGGAGCACACCGUGUACUUCUGUUUUUAGUGCUGGUAGUCUCUCUGUUAAGGCAUUGUGUUUACUCCUGAUCAUUCGUUUGUGUACACCGUGUUGCCUUUGACGGUAGGACGGUUUAACGUCCUGUUUGGCCUUUUAAACAUAUGUGCCUAGAAGCAUAAAGUGCGUCUAUCCAAUGGCAACCUCUGACCCCACCUCCAGUGACACUUCUGUGUCUGAUGGGUUCUAUUAUGAAACCAAAUAUAUUGUGCUCAGCUACCUGCGACUGCCUCCGGCCAGGUCACACACACUGCUCAGCGCUCAGGGAGAUGCGCAAAUGGAAAGACAGAAAACUGAUGAGAUUAAUGAACAGAUAGAGGAAGAGUUGAGAAAACUUGAAGAUGAGAUUGCUUUCUCCUCUUCCAGCUCAGGAUUUGACCGACACAAAUCAUUGGUCUUCAAUCCCACUAACCCAGAGAGUUCAAUUGAAGACUGUCUCGCUGCACUUGGAGAUCAAGUGGCUGCUGAACUGGAGCCACAUCUGUCAGUUGCUGUGGACACACUCCUCACAGGGCCUCUUGACUAUAAGAACUUCAGACAAGUCAAUCUUGAUCUUUCUGUGCACACACAUGGGGGCUGGAGUAAGGUACUAGUGCCUUUAGUGCUUCUACAAGCUUUACAAGUCAAGGGCCCAUCUUUGUCAAGUUUGCUACCACUUGCUGUGCACUUCCUCGAGGAGAAUGAGGUUGAAUACAUCAUCCAGCAGGGAGGAUGGGGUAAGGUAUUUGGCCUUAUAUCUGAAGAGGAGCAAGGCGUGGCCAUAGCUGAGGACAGUAACGACAUUUACAUCCUGUCAGGUGAGCAGCAUCCGGACCAGCUCAGCCCUCCCUCCUCUUUGCUCUGUACAGAGGGCAACAGCAGUGGGCAGAGCUCCUGGCAAACUGAAAGCUUACCUGUGUCACUAGCUGCUCACGAGUCCUGGGCGCAGGUCGCUGCUAUGGACCCCGAAGAUGCCAAAAGCCUGGACAGCAACGAAGGUGUAGCAUUGGCUGAAGAGCGUAGUGAAAAUAACUCCUCAAACUCUGACAUUGUUCAUGUGGAGCGUGAGGAUGCUGAGCUUCUGGAUGCUGGUGAAAGUGAGGCUAUAGAGGAGAGCAUGAUGAGUGUCUUGGGCACAGAGAGCGAUCUGGCUGCACUUCGGGAAGAGUACAGGGAGCAGACACCACUGGUUCCACUAUCAUUUGAGUCUGCAGCCCCGGCCUCACUCAUGUCACUGGAAGAACCUUUAGUAAUAGAAACACCUCCUAGUUUGUCCGCUGAGCCUUCCCUCAUCUCUUUAGAAGCAGAGCUUCCUGAGGUGGCUCCAGAGGCUGCUACUUCCCCCAAAGAGCUACAAUCUGUUCCUGCUGUAGUACCAGAGUCUGAGCCAGUCCCAGUGCUUGAGGAGCCUGCUGCUACAAUCAUUGAACCGCUGAUUGAAAGUACCCCAGCACCAGAAGUGAAGGCUGUCUCUGAAGUACCCAUGGCAGUAGAGCCUAUUGAAGUGCCUCCCCCAUCAGAAAAGCCCCUUCCACAAGCUGAGCAAGUGACAGAAGAGCUGGUCCUGGAGGCAGAAGCACCCCCCAUGGAAGCUCCUGUCAUGAUUUCUGCUCAGGAACCAACUGCAGAACACCCAGUGGAGACAGUGGAUACAGAGCCUGCAUCUGAUUUCCCAGUUUUGCUUUAUGGGGGUGCGGCUUUGGCACUUAUCACAGCCAUUAUGGCAUAUGGUGUUAUUUCUUAUAGAAGGAAGUAAAGAAAGGACUUUUCAAAGGAUCUUUUGUUGAUGUAGAAAUAAAAUUGCUUAGUACACUUAAUGGAACAGUUCUUACAAGGGAUUCAAAUUUGUGCUUCUUUUAAAUAAAUCUCACCAGCAACCGAAACACCUUUACAACGUAUUUAGCUGCAAAUUAAAGAAAAAUAUGGCACUCCACUUUUGUCAAAUUAAUUUGUCAAAUAUUAAAUGUGGUAACAUUUUCACUCUUCUGACAAGGUGUUCAGACUGUGGGUUGAUCGUGUCACAUUCUUAGUUAUAUAAAAUUCAAAUUUACUUCCUGUAUUUUUUUUACUUGCUAUACUGUACAACUUUGACUACAUUAUUAUUCAUAUAUGCAAAUCUUUGGACAGUUUUGAGUUAUUAAAAUCAUGUCAUAUAUAAGUUUCAUGCAUAGACAAAGUUGGUGUAUUACUAUGCAAAACUACACUAAAUGUAAUUGAACAACCUUGUGGAAAAUGCCUCACACUUAUGAUUCUCAUGUCAUUGUUGUGGUUGAAAACUGAAGCCAGUACAUUGCUGAAAAUGAAUUUUGAAACUGCAAAUAGGUGUAAAGAAGAAAAUGUACUUUGUAUUCCCUACAUUGCAGCAAUUGAGAGAAAAAAAUAAACAUUUAGAAUAUGU